AAAGCACACCAGAAGCCGGUCAGAUCACAUCGCUGGACAUUGAUUCGCUGCAGAAACUGCUUCCAGCAGUGGAUGUGAGCAGCUUCGUAUCCAACUACACGGCGCUUCUUAGCGAAGACGGCCGGAUAAGUAAAGACCAGUGCUUACCGAAUGAAAUACCCUGUGAUGAAAGCACACCGUACCGUCGUUAUAACGGAUGGUGCAACAACUUGAAACAACCUCAUUUCGGAAACGCUUUCGAAACUCUGAUUCAUCUACUACCUCCCGCAUACGACGAUGGUCCAAAUGGCGAAAUCUUGAACUGCACUCCUUGUGAUUCCCACGAAACUAUAUCAGUUCAUUGUGCUCCAAUCGAAGUGCCUGAUGGUGAUCCAUUUUUCCCAACACAUUAUCCAAACGGAGAACGACGUUGCCUACCGUUUGUGAGAUCGCUGUUGGGGCAGCUUACACUUGGCUACAGAGGCCAGAUAAAUCAGAUCACAGCAUUCAUUGAUGGCUCAGCUAUAUAUGGCUCAACAGUAUGCGAGAAUAACUUGCUUAGAGAAUUUGAAAGAGGCUUAUUAAAGUCUUCCAUGCUAGGAUUAGGAAACGUCGAAGCGCUGCCUCAUGGAACGCAGGAAGCACGACGAAUUGUUAUCGCUCAGCAACAACAUAUCGUCUUCUCUGAACUUUUGCCGAAGCUGCUUGGUCUGGAAUUGCUUGAAAAACACAGUCUACUGCCCCAGAGUGACGGCUACUUCACUGGUUACAACAACACGUGCGAUCCGGCCAUAUCACAACCGUUUGCCACUGCAGCAUAUCGAUUUGGACAUACGCUUGUUCGACGAAUGUUUCCACGUAUGGACAACAAUUUCAGGCCUGUAUCUGAUCCCAUUGAUCUGGCGUCUCACUUUGGAUUCGUUGAGCCCUUGUAUAAUUUCACAGCUGGAGGAAUGGAUUCGAUAUUGAUGGGUCUCUUAAGCACGCCAAGUAUGGCCUUUGAUCGGCACAUAACGAGUGCUUUGCGGAAUCAUUUGUUCGAGCGAAGAGGCGAAUCCGCAUCCGGAAUGGAUCUGAUCGCCAUUAAUAUUCUUCGGGCCAGGGAUCACGGCGUUCAGCCCUACAACGAUUUCCGUGAAUUCUGCGGUCUGAAAAAAGCAAAAACAUUCGAGGAUUUACGGGCGCAAAUGAGCAGUUCAGCUAUCAGCGCGCUCAAAAGUGUUUAUGACGAUGUCGAUGAUAUCGAUCUUUUUCCAGGACUAACAUCCGAAGAUCCAGUCAAGGGUGCCUUGCUUGGGCCGACGAUGGCUUGCCUAAUAGCCGAGCAGUUUGCCAGACUGAAGCAGUGCGAUCGCUUUUACUAUGAAAAUGGCGAUGUUGCCGGUCAAUUUACGCCCGGUAUUUUUCUGAUUUGUACAAGAAGCUACUUAAAUUCACAUAUAUGA